UCGGUGCUCGGUCAUUAAAGCCUCCGCGCGAUAUAAGCCCGUCGGGUCGGUGAACAUAACAUAUCAUAUCAUAUCAUAUCGACUCUUCACCAUUUCCCCCCAACCGCGCCUGUAUUCAGUAUUCACGUCGGCAAAAUGACUGCUCGCAAAGGAAGCCUGGCAUGCGAAAACUGCCGGCGACGGCGCAUCAAGUGUAACCAGCUCCGGCCCCGAUGCUCGCAGUGUGCGCGGGCUGGCUUAGCUUGCCACGGUUACAGGGCGCCAUUGGACCUCUUGUUCCAUGAUCAGACCGCUAAGAUAUCUGGAAAACUCUGCAAGGAGUCCAGUGGUUGCCAGGACGUCGUUUUGGACUCCUCCUCUCUGACCCUGGUGGUCCCUGCCAUGCCUAUUGAGGAAAUCGCGUCGCAGUUCUACUUUAACAACUUCAACAUCGUCCGAUCCACCGUCACCAUACAGCGACAAUAUUCUCCGAUGCGAACCAAGUCUAGUUCUAUGAGUGUGACCACUGUCGGCCUAGCCGGUUUAGCCAUAACCCAUCGGGAUUCCAGUCUAAUGAACCUUGCGCGCAUGAAGUACUCACUGGCUCUGCAAUUGCUCUCUCGCGCCGUUCUCGAUCCUAAAGAGGCAACGCUAGGGUCAACAGCCACAGCGAGUUUUAAUCUGUCGGUUUUCGAGAUGCUCAUUUCCGAUGGCCAUGGCGCUGCGUACCAGUGGCUGAAACAUAUACACGGCACAAUUGCGCUUAUACGCGCCGUCUGCCUCCCCAAGGAAGAUGUUCAGAAUGCAAUUAAAGGCUGCCUCCAAGUUUGCUUCGCAAUGGCCACGGCUUGUUUAAUCAGCGAACGGCCGAUUCCCCAGUACAUGAACGAGCUAGUCAAGUCUUGCAACGACUACAGCGUGGCGGAGGAUGUACACUCUAUAGUCGAGCUGUUUAUUUUGAUGGGCGGUCUUAUCAAUUUCUACAUCCAGGCCAAACAGACCCGGAACAAAAGUCCGCGCCACCUGAUAUCGGCUCUGUUGGAGAUCGAUGCCGCCUUGGUGUCGUGGACCGAUAGACUCUCGCCCGCGUGGAUGGGUCAUCCAAGUAGUGGAAACCCCUUGUAUAGGCCCGAGGAUCGCUGUCUGCCGAGAUUCUGGGCGUACUACCGGCUGUGUCGCGUGCUCGCACAUCGAGUGAUACUAGACAAUCUAGAUAUCCUCCGUACCCAGUCCCAUAACGCUGAGAGGAGCAAUUUCUCGGCGCAGGAUGAUAAAUCGCGGUCUAUACUCUCGGCAAUCCCACGCGACUUAUACGCCAGCAUUCCGCUCAUGCUGAAAGCUUCAUACCCCGCCGGGCGGACCUCUAUCAGUUUAGAUUCCGAUGUGUUUUUCCUGAUUACUAUUCUGCAGGCCUUGCUCAAGUUGACGGGUAAAGAGCAAGUGACGGAGAAGUGGUCUGUGGAUGCGUGCCAGGAAUUAGGGGAUGGAUUUAAUACAACCAAAGACUUUAUUACAGCACAUCUCUCCUAA